AUGUUUGAAGAGACAGGGGGCACAGCUAAAAUAAGUUAUAUCAUCUUUAUCUCUUUAAUUAUUUUUACAGAGCUGCCCACGGGCGUGGUGCUAGACAAUAUUAUCGACCUGACUGACGAGAACGAAGAGGAGGACGAACAUAAACCCGGACCAAGCAACACCGAUACACAGAAGCGUCCGAGAGAGGCUGACGAGCCGUCGGUCGCCCCCGAGAGAAAGAAAAGACUAGUUGUGAUCGUAACUCCGAUCAUAACGGUUGAAGACGCUGUUGACGACGGUGACCGAGAGCAUCUUAAUAAUGAUCAACUUAGGGCCGAGACUCCGCUGAACGAAUGGGAAACAGCCAGUUGGACCAGCGAACGUAGCGACGAUUUACAGCCGCUCGCUUUUCAAGAACCGGUUGAGGAAGAUGAAACUGAAUCACUGCCAGACUACCGGCAGAACGACGAUGUGAAUGAAAGAUUUGAUGCUUUGCGUGAAGAGAUGAUUAUCCGUCAGGAGUCUUUUCAUGAAGUGUUGAUUAACAGACAGGACGCUUUUUUCAACGACCUUCUCAACAGGCAGGACUCUCUGCAUGAAGAGAUGAUUAACAGGCAGACCGCUUUCUUCAAUGAACUUAUUAACCGAAUGGAUGCCCAGGACACGAGGGGUCACGACCAAUAAGGUAAUUUAAACCAGUAGCAUCAAACUUCAGAGAAUCGUUUGCACAUCAUGCGAACAUGGGGUGGCUGAAAAUGUUACUGUUGAUCACGUUUACGCGAGCAAUUGACUGUGAGACGUCAGGAUGAUAAGUAGUCUUUCUAGUCUAAACGAUGCUCU